AUGGGAGCGCUGCGGAGCUGGCGGACCCUCUGGGCUGGAGCAACCCUCCUGUGGGUUGUGCUGCCCCCAGCAGAGCCGUCCUGCAAGGGCGUGCACUGCGCAGCUGGGCAGCGCUGCCAGAUGGCAGGCGGGAAGGCCUCCUGCCCCACCGAGCCAACAGCUGUGUGCCGCGCCCAGGGCGACCCGCACUACACCACCUUCGAUGGCCGUCGCUAUGACAUGAUGGGUACCUGCUCCUACACCAUGGCUGAGCUGUGUGGCUCCGACUCCACCCUGCCAGCCUUCAGCGUGGAAGCCAAGAACGAACACCGAAGCAGCCGCCAGGUCUCCUACGUGGGCCUGGUCACUGUGCAUGCCUACAGCCACUCGGUGUCCCUGGUCCGAGGGGAAAAUGGGUUCGCCAGGAUCGACAACCAGCGCUCGCGCCUGCCAGCCUCCCUGAACCAGGGUCGCCUGCGUGUGUACCAGAGUGGCACCCGGGGCGUGGUGGAGCUGGACUUCGGGCUUGUGGUCACCUACAACUGGGACUGCCAGCUGACCCUGAGCCUGCCCCAGCGCUUCCAAGGCCAGGUGUGCGGCCUGUGUGGCAAUUACAACGGGGACCCGGCCGAUGACUUCCUCACGCCCGAUGAGACGCAGGCGCCCGACCCCGUGGAGUUUGCCAACAGCUGGAAGCUGGAUGACGGGGACUAUCUGUGUGAUGACGGCUGUCAGGGCAGCUGUCCGGCCUGCACCACGGGCCAGGCCCAGCACUACCAGGGGGACCGGCUGUGUGGCAUGCUCACCCUGCCCUCAGGCCCCUUCGCCACCUGCCACGAGUCCCUGGACCCCCGGCCCUUCCUGGAGAACUGCGUGUACGACUUGUGCGUGACGGGUGGAGAGCGGCUCAGUCUGUGCCGGGGGCUCAGCGCCUAUGCCCAGGCCUGCGUGGAGAUGGGGAUCUCGGUUGGGAAUUGGAGGCCGCAAGCAGACUGCCCCCUGUGCUGCCCAGCCAACAGCCGCUACGAGCUCUGCAGCCCUGCCUGCCCGGCCUCCUGCAAUUCCGAAGCGGCUCCGGCCAACUGCUCCCAGCGGCCCUGCGUGGAGGGCUGUGUGUGCCUCCCGGGCUUCGUGGCCAGCGGCGGGGCCUGCGUGCCGGCCUCCUCCUGCGGCUGCACCUUCCAGGGCCGUCCACUCGUGGCGGGCGAGGAGGUGUGGGAAGAUGACCGCUGCCGGCGUCGCUGCACCUGCGAUGGAGCCACGGGGCAGGUGACCUGCCGGGACACGCAGGGCUGCCCCACGGGUGAGCGCUGUCGCGUCCAGAACGGCCUCCAGGGUUGCUACCCGGACAGCUUCGCCAGCUGUGAGGCAUCCGGGGACCCACACUAUCUCAGCUUCGAUGGCCGGCGCUUUGACUUCAUGGGCACCUGUACCUACCUGCUGGUGGGAGCCUGCGGGCAGAAUGCGGCGCUGCCCGCCUUCCGGGUGCUGGUGGAGAAUGAGCAUCGAGGCAGCCAGAGCGUGAGCUACACGCGGGCCGUGCGGGUGGAAGCCCACGGUGUGACUGUGGAAGUGCGCAGAGAGCACCCAGGUCAAGUGCUGGUGGAUGGCGUCCUUCGCUACCUGCCCUUCCAAGCAGCCAACGGCAAAGUGCAGGUGUUCCGCCAGGGAAACCGUGCCGUGGUGAGAACAGACUUUGGCCUGACGGUCACCUACAACUGGGAUGCCCACGUGACCGCCAAAGUGCCCAGCAGUUACGCCGAAGCCCUCUGUGGGCUCUGCGGGAACUUUAAUGGCAACCCAGAGGAUGACUUUGCCCUGCGAGGUGGCGGCCAGGCUGCCAGCGCGCUGGCCUUCGGAAACAGCUGGCAGGAGGAGAGCAGGCCGGGCUGUGAAGCCACGGAACCGGGAGACUGCCCCAACCUGGGCUCGCUCAUCGCCGAGCAGCUGCAGAAUAAGAAGGAGUGCGGGAUCCUGGCUGACCCCGAGGGGCCGUUCCGGGAGUGUCACAGCGAGCUGGACCCCCAGGGUGCCCUGCGUGACUGUGUCUACGACCGCUGCCUGUUUCCGGGCCAGUCCAGACCGUUGUGUGAUGCCCUGGCCGCAUACGCCGCUGCGUGCCAGGCUGCAGGGGCCACUGUGUACCCAUGGAGGACGGAGGAGCUUUGUCCCCUGAGCUGCCCUCCCCACAGCCACUACGAACCGUGUUCCUACGGCUGCCCGUUGUCCUGUGGAGACCUUCCCGUGUCAGGGGGCUGCGGCUCAGAAUGCCAAGAGAGCUGCGUGUGUGAUGAUGGCUACGCACUCAGCGGCGAGGCCUGCGUGCCCCUGUCCUCCUGCGGCUGCAUCCACGAGGGGGCGUACUACCUACCCGGCCAGACCUUCUACCCGGGCCCCGAGUGCAAUUCCCUCUGCCACUGCCAAGAGGGCGGCCUGGUGUCCUGUGAGCCCUCGUCCUGCGGCCCCCACGAGGCCUGCCAGCCGUCCAAUGGAGUCCUGGGAUGCGUAGCUGUGGGCAGCACCACGUGCCAGGCGUCAGGAGACCCCCAUUACACCACCUUUGAUGGCCACCGCUUCGACUUCAUGGGCACCUGUGUGUACGUGCUGGCUCAGACAUGCGGGAACCGGCCCGGCCUGCCUCAGUUUACCAUCCUGCAGGAGAACAAGGCCUGGGGCAAUGGCAAAGUGAGCGUGACCAAGGCCAUCACGGUCAUCGUGGCCAAUUACACCCUGAAGCUGGAGCAGCAACAGUGGAAGGUCACGGUGAACGGUGUGGACAUGAACUUGCCUGUGCUGUUGGCUGAGGGCCAGAUCCAUGUCUACCAGCAUGGCUCCGAUGUGGUGAUAGAGACCGACUUUGGUCUGCGGGUGACCUAUGACCUGAUGUACAAUGUGAGGGUCACCAUCCCAGGCAACUACUACCAGCAGAUGUGUGGCUUGUGUGGAGAUUACAACGGUGACUCCAAGGAUGACCUGCAGAAGCCCGAUGGCUCCCAAGCAGCCAACCCCAACGAGUUUGGUAACUCCUGGGAAGAAAAAGUUCCCGACUCUCCUUGCGCGCCGGUACCCGAUUGCAAACCAGGAGAAGACUGCAAUGCCCAGUGCAGCCCCGAGCUGGAGAGCCAGUACCAGAACGAAGAGUUCUGUGGAUUCCUCACCAAGCCCACGGGACCGCUGGCUGCCUGCCACCAGCUGCUUGAUCCCCAGGGUCCCCUGCAAGACUGUGUGUUCGAUCUCUGCCAGGCCGGUGGGAAUCUGAGCAUUCUCUGUGACCACAUCCACGCUUACGUGAGCGCGUGCCAGGCGAUGGAAGGUCAAGUGGAACCCUGGCGGACGGAGUCUUUCUGUCCCAUGAAGUGCCCUCCUCACAGCCACUAUGAGCUCUGCGCAGACACCUGCUCCCUGGGGUGCUGGGCUAUCAGCUCCAGCCCGCACUGCCCAGGCGGUUGUGCAGAGGGCUGUGAGUGUGACUCCGGCUUCCUGUACAACGGAACAGCAUGCGUGCCCAUCCAGGAGUGUGGCUGUUACCACAACGGGGCCUACUACAAGCCAGAGCAGACGGUCCUCCUCAAUGGCUGCCAGCAGAAGUGUGUGUGCCAUGCUGGCGAGGGUAUGGUGUGCCAGGACCACAGCUGCAAGCCAGGCCAGGUGUGCGAGCCCUCCGGAGGUGUCCUGAGCUGUGUUACUAAAGAUCCAUGCCAUGGGGUAACCUGCCGGCCACAAGAAACAUGCAAAGACCAAAACGGCCAGGGCGUGUGCGUACCCAACUACAACUCCACGUGCUGGCUAUGGGGUGAUCCUCACUACCAUUCCUUCGACGGCUGGAGCUUUGAUUUCCAGGGCACCUGUGACUAUGUCCUGGCAACCACCUUCUGCCCAGGGGUCAGCGCCCAGGGCCUGACGCCCUUCACCAUCACCACCAAGAACGAGAACCGGGGCAGCCCCUCCGUGUCCUAUGUCAAGCAGGUCACCGUGUCCACCCUAGGAGUCAACAUCUCCAUCCACAAGAACGAGAUCGGGAAAGUCCGGGUGAACGGUGUGCUGACAGCCCUGCCGGUCUCUGUGGCUGGUGGACGGAUUUUGGUGACCCAUGGUGGGUCCAAGGCUGUUCUGGCAACUGACUUUGGACUUCAAGUCACCUAUGACUGGAACUGGCGGGUAGAGGUGACACUGACCAGCAGCUACUAUGAAGCAGUGUGUGGGCUCUGUGGGGAUAUGGACCAAAACCCCAGCAACGAUAAGAUCUUCCCCAAUGGCACAGUGGCUCCAUCCAUACCCACUUGGGGCGGCAGCUGGCAAGUUCCAGGCUGGGACCCAUUCUGCUGGCAUGAAUGCCACGGCUCCUGCCCAACAUGCCCUGAGAACCAGCUGGAGAAAUAUGAGGGUCCUGCCUUCUGUGGCCCCCUAAACCCAACUAGCACAAGCAGCCCCUUCGCCUCCUGUCAUUCCCAUGUGCCGCCUGAAGACUACUUUAAGGGCUGUGUUCUAGAUGUCUGCCUGGGUGGAGGAGUCCAAGAUAUACUUUGUCAGGCCUUGGCUGCCUAUGCGGCCGCCUGCCAGGCUGCAGGUAUCACCAUCAAGGACUGGAGGACCCAGGCCGGCUGUGAGAUGUCCUGCCCAGACAACAGCCACUACGAACUCUGUGGGCCGCCCUGCCCGGCCAGCUGCCCACCCCCGGCACGACUCACGACUCCAGCUGUGUGUGAGGGUCCCUGUACCGAGGGCUGCCAGUGUGAUGAGGGCUUCGUCCUGAGUGCUGACCACUGUGUCCCCCUGGAGGGCGGCUGUGGCUGCUGGGACAAUGGUACCUACCACGAGGCAGGCACUGACUUUUGGGCCGAUGCCACCUGCUCCCGGCGGUGCCGCUGUGAAUCAGGGAGCGGCUCGCUGGUCUGUACCUCUGCCAGCUGUGGGCCAGGUGAAGAGUGUGCCUUGUUGCCCUCUGGCCAGUAUGGCUGCCAACCCACCAGCACUGUUGAAUGCCAGGCCUGGGGUGACCCCCAUUACAUGACCCUGGAUGGGCACCGAUUCGACUUCCAGGGCAACUGUGAGUAUCUUCUGAGUGCGCCCUGCCACAAAGCACCCGAGGGCACCGUGGACUUCAAUGUCACUGUCGUCAACGAGCACCGGGGCAGCCAGGCUGUCAGCUACACCCGCAGUGUCAGUCUGCAAAUCUACGGCCAUAGUCUGACCCUCAGCGCCCUCUGGCCCCAAAAGCUACAGGUGGACGGCGAGCUGGUGGAUCUGCCCUUCCAGCUGGACUCUCGCCUGCACGCUUACCUGAGCGGCAGGGAUGUGGUGGUCACCACAACUUUUGGGCUCUCGCUGACUUUCGACGGCAACAACUUCGUGCGCCUGCGCGUGCCCGCGGCGUACGCGGGCGCCCUCUGCGGCCUGUGCGGGAACUACAACAAGGACCCGGCAGACGACCUGACAGCCGUAGGCGGGGACCCAAGCGGUUGGCAAGUAGGGGGCCAGCCAGGCUGCGGAGAAUGCGUGCCCGGGCCAUGUCCCCCAACCUGCACACCGGAGCAACUGGAGCCCUUCCGUGGUCCCGACGCCUGCGGUGUCAUCUCGGACCCCAAAGGCCCAUUAGCACCGUGCCACAGCCUCCUGCCACCUGAGCAGUACUUAGAGGCUUGCUUGCUGGAUGCCUGCCAGGCUCAGGGCCAUCCCGGAGGCCUCUGUCCUGCUGUGGCCACUUACGUGGCAGCCUGUCAGGCCGCUGGGGCCCAGAUUGACGAGUGGAGGCGGCCAGACUUCUGUCCUCUCCAGUGCCCUGCCAACAGCCACUAUGAGCUUUGUGGUAACUCCUGCCCAGUGAGCUGCCCCAGCCUCUCUGCGCCCGAGGGCUGUGAGCCCACCUGCCGUGAAGGCUGUGCCUGUGAUGCCGGCUUCGUGCUCAGUGGUGACACCUGUGUGCCAGUGAGCCAGUGUGGCUGUCUCCAUGGUGGCCGCUACUACCCGCUCGGCUCAGUCUUCUACCCGGGCCCUGAGUGCGAGCGGCGCUGUGAAUGCGGACCAGGGGGCAAGGUCAGCUGCCAGGAGGGUGAGGCCUGUGGUCCCUAUGAAGAGUGCCGGGUAGAGGAAGGCGUGCAGGCCUGCCAUCCUACGGGCUGUGGCCGCUGUCUGGCCAAUGAGGGAAUCCAUUACGUCACCCUGGAUGGGCGUGUCUAUGACCUGCACGGCUCUUGCUCCUAUGUCUUGGCCCAAGUCUGUCAACCCAAACCUGGAGAGGAGACCUUUGCCAUCGUGUUAGAGAAGGACUCGGCUGGCCAGCCCCAACGUGUGCUGGUGACUGUGAACGACCAGGUUGUGACUCUGGCUAAAGGACAGCAAGUCACCAUAGAUGGCCAGCUGGUGACCCUGCCUGUGGCCAUGGGUAGCGUGCGAGUGACUGCAGAAGGCCGCAACAUGAUUCUCCAGACAAACAAGGGGCUGCGCCUCCUCUUUGAUGGAGAUGCCCACAUCCUCAUCUCCAUCCCCAGCCCCUUCCAUGGACGGGUCUGCGGCCUCUGUGGGAACUUCAACAGCAACUGGACAGAUGACUUCAGGUUCCCCAAUGGCACGAUGUCCCCUAGUGUGGAGGCUUUUGCAGAAUCAUGGCGCGUGCCCGGCUCUGUCGAGGGCUGUAGCGAGGGCUGUGGACCCAAAGGCUGCCCCGUGUGCUUGGCAGAGGAGACAGCAAAGUACGAGGACAACAAGGCCUGUGGGAAGCUCCGUGACCCCAAAGGCCCCUUUGCAGCCUGUCACGGAGUGGUGAAUCCCACAGAAUACUUCCGCCAGUGCGUGUACGACCAGUGUGCCCACCAGGGCGACGUGGCCUUUCUCUGCCGCAGCCUGGCAGCCUACACGGCCGCCUGCCAGGCAGCUGGUGCCACUGUGAAACCCUGGAGGACAGACAGCUUCUGCCCUCUCCAGUGCCCCGACCACAGCCACUACUCCGUGUGCACUCGCUCCUGUCAGGGCUCCUGUGCUGCUCUCUCUGGCCUCACUGGCUGCUCCUCUCUCUGCUUUGAGGGUUGUGAGUGUGACGACCGCUUCCUGCUCUCCCAGGGUGUCUGCAUCCCUGUCCAAGAAUGUGGCUGUGCUCAUAAUGGCCACUAUCUGCCGAUGAACUCCUCACUGCUGACUGAAGACUGCAGCCAGCGUUGUUCCUGCUCCUCAAGUGCAGUCCUUACAUGCCAGGAGGCUGGCUGCCCAUCAGGCCAUGUCUGUGAGAUCCAGGAGGGUAUUCACGAUUGCUGGCCUGCCCGUGGUCUCUGUUCCGUCUCCCUGGGUACCAACCUCACCACCUUCGAUGGAGCCUAUGGUGCCAUCAGCUCUUCUGGAUUUUAUGAGCUCUCUUCCCUCUGCCCGGGACUACAGAACAUUCCCUGGUACCGGGUAGUUAUUGAUGUGCAGUCUUGCCAGGACAAUGUGCAAACUGUGGGUGAAGUUCACAUCUUUUUCCAGGAAGGGCUGGUCACGGUAACUCCACACAAAGGCGUGUGGGUGAAUGGUCUCCAGGUGGAUCUUCCAGCUAAUAUGUCAUCUGUGUCUGUGAGCCAGUCCCCUGACUCUAUACUAGUCCACCAGAAGGAAGGGGUCCAGGUGAGGCUUGGAACCAAUGGGCAGCUGGCGGUGAUGAUCAGUGACAGCCAUACUGGCCUGCUGUGUGGGGCUUGUGGAAACUUUGAUGGGGACCAGAACAAUGACUUGCCCAACUCCCUGGGGAAGACAGUGAUGGAGAAAUGGAGAGCACCAGACUUCUCUCCAUGUUACAACUGAGGAAUCAUUCAUGGACAAUGAAGGCUUUAUGGACCAGAAAUGAAGAUUUCAAGACCUGACUUCCCUAGAGGUCACAAUGGUUGAAGAUUGUCCUUGUAUG